UCGCACACGCGUGGCUGGCGCGGAGGCUCCUCGGGCCCGGCCUCCGCUGCCGCCCCAGGGGCGUCACUUCCUGCGCUCCGGAUGCACCUCCGGGGCAGCGCCGCUGUUGCGCGGAGACGGCGCCAUGGAGGCCGGGGCUGAGCGGAAGAGGCAGCGAGAGGAGGCGGCAGAGACGUCUGACUUGUCCGGGGAGGAUGAUGAAGACUAUGUGCCCUACGUGCCCGUCAAGCAGCGCAAGCAGCAGAUGCUGCAGAAGCUGCUGCAGAUGCGGCGGAAAGUGGUGUCAGAGGAGGAGCAGCGAGACAGCGAGAGUGAGCAGCGGGGUGACGAAGAUGACAUCCCGCUGGGGCCCCAGUCUAACAUCAGCUUGCUGGACCAGCACCAGCACCUCAAAGAGAAGGCAGAAGCGCGGAAGGAGUCAGCCAAGGAGAAACAGCUGAAGGAGGAAGAGAAGAUCCUUGAGAGUGUGGCAGAGGGCCGAGCUCUGAUGUCAGUGAAGGAGAUGGCAAAAGGCAUCACCUAUGAUGAUCCAAUUAAAACCAGCUGGAGAGCACCUAGAUACAUCCUGGGCAUGACAGAGGCACGGCAUGAUCGUGUGCGCAAGAAGUACCACAUCCUGGUGGAGGGGGAAAGCAUUCCCCCCCCCAUUAAGAGCUUCAAGGAGAUGAAGUUCCCAGCAGCUAUCCUAAGGGGCCUGAAGAAAAAAGGAAUCCAGCAGCCCACACCCAUACAGAUCCAAGGCAUCCCUACCAUCCUCUCAGGAAGGGACAUGAUUGGCAUUGCCUUUACUGGCUCUGGGAAGACCUUGGUGUUCACCCUCCCAGUGAUCAUGUUCUGCCUGGAGCAGGAGAAGCGGCUGCCAUUUUCCAAGCGAGAGGGACCCUAUGGACUCAUCAUCUGUCCCUCACGGGAGCUGGCCCGUCAGACCCAUGGCAUCAUUGAGUACUACUGUCGCCUGCUGCAGGAGGAUGGCUUCCCUCCACUGCGCUGUGCCCUUUGCAUCGGGGGCAUGUCUGUCAAGGAGCAGAUGGAGACAAUCAAACAUGGUGUUCAUAUGAUGGUGGCAACCCCUGGUCGCCUGAUGGACCUGCUGCAGAAGAAGAUGGUGAGCCUGGACAUCUGUCGUUACUUGGCCUUGGAUGAGGCUGACAGGAUGAUUGAUAUGGGCUUUGAGGGUGACAUCCGUACCAUCUUCUCCUACUUCAAGGGCCAGCGGCAAACCCUCCUGUUCAGUGCAACAAUGCCCAAGAAGAUCCAGAACUUUGCUAAGAGUGCCCUGGUGAAGCCCAUCACUAUUAAUGUUGGGCGAGCAGGUGCUGCCAGCCUGGAUGUUGUGCAGGAAGUGGAAUACGUGAAAGAGGAGGCCAAGAUGGUGUACCUCCUAGAGUGCCUGCAGAAGACCCCACCACCUGUGCUGAUCUUUGCAGAGAAGAAGGCAGAUGUUGAUGCGAUCCACGAGUACCUGCUGCUCAAGGGUGUGGAGGCUGUGGCCAUCCAUGGAGGAAAAGAUCAGGAGGAAAGGACAAAAGCCAUCGAGGCCUUCCGGGAUGGGAAGAAGGAUGUUCUGGUUGCCACCGAUGUCGCAUCCAAGGGCCUGGACUUCCCAGCCAUCCAGCACGUCAUCAACUACGAUAUGCCAGAGGAGAUUGAGAACUAUGUUCACCGUAUCGGGCGUACAGGCCGUUCAGGCAACACUGGCAUUGCCACCACCUUCAUCAACAAGGCCUGUGAUGAAUCGGUACUGAUGGACCUGAAGGCCCUGCUCCUGGAGGCAAAGCAGAAGGUGCCACCUGUGCUCCAGGUGCUGCACUGUGGAGAUGAGACCAUGCUUGACAUUGGAGAUGAGCGGGGCUGUGCCUUCUGUGGUGGCCUGGGCCAUCGCAUCACUGACUGCCCCAAGCUGGAGGCCAUGCAGACCAAGCAAGUCAGCAACAUCGGCCGCAAGGACUACCUGGCCCACAGCUCUAUGGACUUCUAGCCUGGGGACUAUGCUGCCCUACACUCCCCCUUUGUGGGCCUUUAAGCCCUUUCAGGCAGGGCAGUUCCCAGAUGCCUGUCCUGCACAGCUGUGCCCCCGCCUUUCCAGGCAUUUGGCCACCAGGGCUGUUGCCAGCUCAGCCUGACGAAGCUCUUGCCCUGGGAGGAAAUCUUUGGAGCUGUGCUGCAACAGGCAUUUACGUCAGUGGCAAGUUGGGCAAGCAGGUGGUGGUGCCUGAGGGAAGGAGGAAGCCCCAGGUGGAGCAACUGGUCUGUGCUUAGCUUGUGGUGCCUCAGCCAGCAGUCAUGUGGCCAGGAUUUUGUGUUGAUCCUCUCCAAAGUACCUCAACUCCUCCAGGACCAUUCCCCUAACUUGGUUUUGUUGAUUCUCAGCUGAUGGCUGUUCCAUAUCCCCCAAACACACAGCUGGGCCAAGGUGCUGUGCUGGUGUUGGGCGGCCCCCACAGUGCUUCCUGCGCUCUGCCUGUGCGUGUUCUGCCCCACUGCCCUUGUGUAAGGGGGAGGGCAGAGAGACAGAUGGACACCUCCUAUGGCCCAGCCUCUGCCCCUCAUCCCACACACCAGAAAGGGGAAGUCUCUGAGAGAAGGAAGUCUGCCCCAUGCAGUUGCUUCAGCUGCAGCAGUCACGUUUUCUCUGCUGCUGGUAGCUCAAGUCGCUGAACAUUGUGCUGUCUGCCAGGGCAGCACUGGGCCUAUGGAGGAACCUGUGAAGGAUGGAAUCCUCUAUGUGCACCACAGCAAAUUUGGAAAGGUAAAGAUUUGAUCUGGGGCACUGGGUAGAGGGUUUGCCCUCAUCUGUCUUGAUGCCAGGGCUGGGACUGGGCCUUUGGCAGUCUGGGAAGAGUACUAGAACCAGAUCUCUCAGAGAUGCCCUGGGGAGGCCCUGGGCUCUGCCUGUGGCUGAGCAGACUCAUCCUUCCAGGCACUUUUUUGGGUUUGCCCCUUCUUCUUGCUUGGUCGCCACACAAUUUACAAUGAAACAAUAAAUCUCUGCUAAUGA